ACGCGAAGUGGCCUGUGCGCGUUUUUCCGCGUUUUUCCUUCGCGCUCUGUUUGGUGCUCACAUCCACCUCGUUUGCGAUGCGAGCAUGGCGGUAUGUGUGCACUGCAGCGCACACACAUCCAGCCUGUUUGUGUCCUAUGGACCGACACACCUCUUGUGCACUCGCUGCUCGACGUGUGGACAGUACGCUGAUCCGUACGUAGAGCAUGAGGCCGUGAUCGUCGCUAUUGAUCUGAUCUUGGUGAAGCCCAGAGCAUACAGACAUGUGCUUUUUAAUCGGCCGCACCUUCGGCUACCUCGAAGACCAGAUGAAGCAAGCGGUCCGAGCAAUCAGAAGCGGCGAAGGUCGACACGGAGUGAGAGGAGAGCCAGUUUGAGUCCGAAUAGCAGCGAAGGAAGCGACGGACCACCUUCAUCUCUCACACUGAUAGCGUCGCGCGAGAAAUGGAUGGCGUGGUGGAAGCUCGCGAAGCGCUUUGCGGCAAUUCUCAUCAUUGAUGCUUAUCUGAGGUGGUUCUACCUCUGUGAGCGAAGAGUCCAGCCAUCAUGAUGACUGUAGGAGGCUGAACUGGCUCCUCGUUGCAGGUGCAGAUUCAAUUGGGAACAGCACCGGUGGCCUACGCUCGACUCUUUCGGCCGGCGCACAGACACUUUCCGUCGAGGCCAGUGCCUUGCGUUCGUAUCUUCGGGUCUUGCGAGCCACCUUCCUCCGUGAGCCACAUCCAAAAGGGGUGAUCUAUUGAAGCUCAAAGGAAAGUCAAUUGCAGAGUCUAUUGCUUUGCACGUAACGACGCUCGUCCUUUCCAUCCUUUACCACCGUGCGUUCCACCUGUUACAGCCUCGCUCCACACCCGAUCCGGACCUCGAUCGUU